UCGCGCCCGUGCACCGACUGAAUAGCCAAUCGGCGCGCGCGGCGCUGUCGUCGUCGUCGUCAUUCUAUCGAGCUCGUUGGCACGCCCUACGACUCCAUUGUCCUUCUUUCCGGGAUUCUCUGCGAGGAAGGAUGGCACAGAACAAUUAUUUUGGCUUUACUCACGGCGGAACGCAAUAUGGAGCCACUAGUGCGGCAGCUUAUCAGACCGGUCAAGCGGGAUACGCGGUAACACCAGCGGCGACCGCCGCUACGUACACUCAACGGCCCGCCGCUGCAGCUGCCACUGGUUACGAGACCUACCAGGCAGCCGCUGCUGCAGCUGCGACUGGGACGACAUACGCAGGUGUUCUUGUAGCCGCUAAUCCUGGUACUGUGGCACAAACUUACGAUUACGGCUACGGGCGGGCUGCGCCAGCAGCCACUUACGACGCCACCAAGACUUACUAUCAACAGCCAGCAGCUGCUGCCGCGACCUACACCACCACUGAGACCCACUAUCAAGCCGCGAAACCUGCAUACAGCACGACAAGUGCUUACACCGGCACCGCGAGGCAAGCCACGACCACUGGACAGGCCAAGACCUAUCAGGCAUCCAGCACAGCUUAUCAACAGUCGAACCCUACGCAAAGCGCGACCUACUCGUCGGGAUAUACCGCCCCAGCUACGCCAGCCGCUACUCCAUCGACCGCAACGAAUAUUCCCUUAGAAACGGCGAGUACAACGUAUUCCGGCUACGACGCAGCGCUAUAUAGCGCUGCGACUAUGUAUGUAGCCCAACAGAGUGCAAACAGCAAUUCCACUAACCAGAAGACUGGAGGUUGGCAGGGCUACGGGCGAAAGGGGUUCGGAGCUGGAGGGGGAGGGAUGAAGGCAAUGCGGCCCAAGCAGCCCCCGAAGCCUCAGCAACUGCACUAUUGCGAUGUCUGUAAAAUCAGCUGUGCCGGACCGCAAACCUAUCGCGAGCAUCUGGAGGGACAAAAGCACAAGAAGAAGGAAGCUUCGCUUAAGGUGCCUCAGCAACCACCGGCUCGCGGAGCAGGCAACAGUCUACGCUGUGAACUCUGUGAUGUUACGUGCACGGGAAACGAUGCCUAUGCAGCUCACAUCAGAGGUGCUAAGCAUCAGAAAGUUGUCAAGUUACACACAAAGCUUGGAAAACCGAUUCCUAGUGCAGACCCUACUGUUCUAAACCCGAAACCAGCUGCUGCUACGAAGGCCGCGGUGACUAAGAAAGCAGCAGUGACAGCGACACCUAAAAUUAACUUUGUUGCUUCUGGAAACUUGGGCACGGUCAAUCAGAAUCAAACGGCCGAAAUCAAGCCGGAUGAACCAGCCGCAGAGGAAGUUGUGGAGGAAGCUGCAGUCGAUGAGAAAGACAUUCAACCAGUUGGCCAGGAAUACAUUGAGGAAAACAAGUCCGAAGACGGCAAGAUCAUAAGUUUCAACUGUAAACUAUGCGAAUGUCGCUUCAACGAUCCUAAUGCCAAAGACAUGCACAUGAAGGGCCGUCGCCACAGAUUUGCCUACAAGAAGAAGGUCAACCCGGACUUGGUCGUCGACAUGAAACCGAGCCUCAAGCAACGGAAAAUGUUGGAGGAGAAGUUGCGCAGACAACAGAUACGCGACGAAUAUUUGCGUCGUAGAGAGGAAAUUAGUCAAUUGGGACCUAUGGGACCUAUGCAUAUGGACGAAGACAUGAUGAUGUAUUGGGAGGAAAGACGACGUUACGAAGAAGAAUGCGAAUACUUCGAAUGGUACCGACGAUACGGACGCGGCCCAGGCGCGGCGCCCAUUCCGCGUGGUCCUUUCGCGGGACCACCGGGACCUAUGAUGAUGUAUCCAGGUCCUCAAAGACGGCCGGACUCAUCGGACGACAAGCAUGUCCUGGCCCACCAUACGACUAUCUAUCCGAAAGAGCAAGAACUGUUGUCUGUUCAGAAAAUAGUUUCCCAUACCGAAAAGGCGCUAAAAUAUGUGUCGGAUUCUUUGGCUGAGGCUGGUAAAAAGAGUAAUCCUGCGAACGCUAAUUCUACCGCGACAACACCUACGGCUGUUGCUACGCCACAGGCGAACGCGAACGCGGAUGCGUUGAAGAAGGAGGAGGCAGACAAGAAGAAGGCGGCAGUCACGCCUCAGAAGGAAGACGGCAGUGACGGGAAUCUUUUCUCGUUCCAAAAGGAGAAGGAGGAUUCUAGAAUACUUCGCGGUGUUAUGCGCGUUGGCAACUUGGCGAAAGGCCUCUUAUUAUCUGGUGACAACCAUGUUUGCUUGGUCGUAUUGUGUGCUGAGAAACCGACAAGGGCACUGCUUAACAAAGUUGCUGAAAUUCUACCGGGUGAACUGAAGAACGUGGCCCCAGAGGACACUUACAAUGUCGGGAAGCAUCCGGAAUCUGCAGCUCUAACUGUUUCAGGGGGUACGGUCACCGUAAGCGUGACACUUACUAGUCCUCUGAUGCGCGAGACACCCAAGACAACCGCGGCAGCAGAUAAUGCUGGACAGCAGCAGCAGGAAGCUGCUCAACUUCAAACAACGCCCGCGGCCCCUACCGUGACGAAAGCAGACCCUCCGGACGUACUUCCCAAGGCUAAGUGUUUGGAGGCUUUAGCUGCACUCAGGCAUGCCAAGUGGUUUCAGGCUAGAGCGACUUCCCUGCAGAGCUGCGUUAUGGUUAUCCGUAUAAUGCGUGACCUUUGCAAUCGCGUGCCAACAUGGGGUCCGUUAAAUCCAUGGGCAUUGGAGUUAUUGACUGAGAAAGUGAUCAGCACUGCAGGAUGUCUUCUAAGUCCUGGUGAGGCUUUGAGGAGACUCUUAGAAUGCGUAGCUGGCGGAAUAUUACUUCCAGGCAGUCCAGGAUUGUCGGAUCCGUGUGAGAAAGAGGCAGUGGACGCGAUAGGCAAUAUGACAUCUCAACAGAGAGAGGACAUCACCGCUUCUGCGCAACAUGCCUUGCGCUUGGUAGCGUUCCGACAAAUACACAAAGUUCUCGGGAUGGAACAACUACCUCCGCCGAAGUUCAAAGGACGAUUUGCGCGCAAGCGAAGACGUGACAAUAGCAACGGCGAAGGUACGGACAGCGAGGCUUCAAAGAAAGACAAAAAGGCGGAGGAGAUCAAAAUGGAGACCGACUCCAAGUAGAUCUACCAAAAGAUUCGUUUUACGAAAUAACCGUAAUUCUUACGUAGAAUAAGGAAACAGUUUUCUCCCGCCAUGUCAGUUGCUUCUAUUAGCAAGUCAUCGCGUCGAAUCGAGGCAACUCGAAACCGGAUGAUCGUUGUAAUGUUGAGAUCGGAGGGCAAUAUCUAUUCGAAAAGUUAAUAAAGCGAUUGGGAAAAUAACGAGGCACGCUCGUAUUUGCUAUAUUUGCGCUCCUUGCCUCUACGUCUACGUCCUCAUAGUAAGAUUAUUUCAUGAUAAUGUUAAAAGGUCUACGAUAAAUACGCCGAUGUAUCAUCGUAUGAUCACACGUGUUUUCUCUAAUAGGCAAUUGAUGUGUACAAAUUAGAAUAGCACUAAUUGUCUGUUCGAGAAAAAGAGUACAUAUGUAGAUGCAAGAGGUAUUGCGCACUGUUCCCAUUGUACGAUGCAAUGCGGGAAAUUUAUAUCGUAGAAUUGCCGUUUACUAUUGCCAUGAAGUAAAUUUGACAUUAGGUUUUGACAUUAGGUUUGAACAAUAGGUUUGACAUUGGCGUGUAACUAAUUCAUGGUUGUGUCCAUUGACUUGGACACAUUGUCUUGUAAUUGUUCAGCUCGUUGCAUUAUGAACGUACGAACAGAAUGAAUUCUGAAUGAAGAGGUAAAUGACGGACAUUUAUAAGUUUAAAAUUAAGAUUAGAUAAUAGAUUGUAUUGAGAAUUUGUGUGUAUGUUGUGUAUGUAGCCAGAGUGCAGAAAUAUCUAAAGUACUUUUCCCUUGCGCUCCUGCACAAAAUGACAGACAUUUACGGCAUAUGCUUUUAUCACGUGCGUCGCCUCACACGGAUGAAUCUUAUUUACAAAUCAAUAAAUUUAAAUUGCUUCGAUAUCCUACGUAAUAGGUGACUACGUGUGUCAACGUUUUCAUUUUCUUUUUUUUAACGAAAUACUAAAAGUCGUUUUGAAUUUCCUACGCGGAAUAUUAAAUAAAACUUGAAAAUGUUGCAACUUUCUCAAACAGCGUCUCUGUUUGUGAUUUUUCUUGUGUAGACUCUUCUAUUAUAUUUUCAAGUCAUUAUUGAAUAAAAUAUACUAGAGGGA